AUUCAGAAAAACAAAACCACAAAGACGACACCCGACCGAUCGCGUAUCGAAGGAAAGAGCAAGCGCAAGUUCCAACAACUAACCACUCCGCAUACGACGAUCCAAAUCUUUGCAGGAAAGCCAUUCGCCGGCAUCGUAAAGAAGUGAUUGUUUUUAAUGGCUUUUCCAUUUCUCUGUUUCCGUGUCGCUUCUCAUUCUCAUUCCUCUUGAAUUUUCUCGUCUUCCCGCUGAUGAGGGAGAGGUAAUCCUAAAUAGAAACCAACGUUGCUUUCUUUUACCUUUUCUUUGAUCGCCUCUCCCUUUCCUCCAUCUCGCGCUUUUCGAAAUGGCGGUCGCUGCAAUCAUAUCUCCUUUCUUCAAACUCUUUCGGCUUUCUUUCUGCUUCUUAGGAAGGAAGCAUAACACCCCUGUAAAUUAAUAUUCAUCUCUCCAAAGGGGAGGAGAGAUGGGUAUCUGCCUCUCGAUUUCGCCAGAAAGGGUGACCGGUUUUGUAAGCACCAACGCGUCCAGCGCCGGCGACGAGGAGGAUGACUGGCGCCGGCGAGAGAAGCCGGACGAGAGACAGAGAGUGAAGGGGAGGGGAAGGAAGCAGGGAAUCAGGCAGGUUCCGUGCGGGAAGACGACGGACUUCGGAUUUAAUCGGGAUUUCGCGUGUAGGUAUACAAUCGGGAGGCUUCUGGGCCACGGGCACUUCGGGUAUACGUUCGUCGGCAUCGAUAGGGUUAAUGGGGAUCAAGUCGCCGUUAAAAGGAUAGACAGAAAUAAGAUGGUUUUUCCUGUUGCUGUUGAGGAUGUUAAACGAGAAGUCAAAAUACUUGCAGCCUUGAGAGGUCAUGAGAAUGUUGUCCACUUCUACAAUGCAUUUGAAGACGAUGACUACGUAUAUAUAGUUAUGGAAUUAUGUCAGGGUGGCGAACUGUUGGAUCGGAUUUUGGCCAAAAAAUACAACCGUUAUUCUGAGAAGGAUGCAGCUAUAGUUGUGCGUCAGAUGCUUAAAGUUGCAGCCGAGUGUCACUUGCAUGGUUUGGUACACAGAGACAUGAAGCCAGAGAACUUCCUUUUCAAGUCAACUAAAGCGGAUUCACCACUUAAGGCAACAGAUUUUGGUCUUUCAGAUUUUAUAAAGCCAGGGAAAAAGUUCCACGACAUUGUUGGCAGUGCUUAUUAUGUUGCUCCUGAAGUACUAAAACGGAAGUCCGGCCCAGAGUCUGAUGUAUGGAGCAUAGGUGUAAUUACUUAUAUUUUGCUCUGCGGGAGGCGCCCCUUUUGGGAUAGAACAGAGGAAGGAAUUUUCAAAGAGGUCUUAAAAAAUAAACCAGAUUUUCAUCGGAAGCCAUGGCCUACUAUAAGCAACAGUGCAAAGGAUUUUGUUAAGAAGCUACUGGUGAAAGAUCCUCGUGCUAGGUUGACUGCUGCUCAGGCUCUGUCACAUCCAUGGGUAAGAGAAGGGGGACUUGCGUCAGAAAUUCCAUUAGACAUAUCUGUGCUAUCCAAUAUGCGCCAGUUUGUGAAAUUCGGUCGUUUCAAGCAGUUUGCUCUUCGGGCAUUGGCUAGCACUCUCAAUUCAGAAGAGCUCGCUGAUCUUCGAGAUCAAUUUGAUGCUAUUGAUGUUGAUAAAAAUGGUUCAAUCAGCCUCGAAGAAAUGAGACAGGCUCUUGCUAAAGAUAUUCCUUGGACGUUGAUGGAGCCUCGUGUUCUGGAGAUUCUUGAAGCGAUUGACAGCAACACCGACGGCUUGGUCGAUUUCUCGGAAUUUGUUGCAGCAGCCCUACGUGUGCAUCAAUUGGAAGAACAUGACUCGGAGAAGUGGCAACAGUGUUCCAAAGCAGCUUUUGAAAAGUUUGAUAUCGACAAAGAUGGAUAUAUCUCAUCUGACGAACUUCGAAUGUACAUAGGAAUGAAGGGUUCUAUUGAACCCUUAUUGGAAGAGGCUGAUAUGGACAAGGAUGGCAAGAUAAGCUUAGAUGAGUUCCGGCAUAUGCUAAUGACUGCAAGCAUGAAUUCCAGCAAUGCGCCCAGCAUGAGCGUUCCAAGUUCUCGCAAGUUGUGAUGAUGAUGAACUUAUGAGAUCAUCUUACGGCUUCUAAUUCAACUAACUCAUAGAAUUAAAGCCUUCUUUUAUCAAUUAAAAGCUUGCAGUUAUCUUGAAAGCGGUAAUCUUUGCGUUAGGCGCAAAAUUUCUGCAGAUAUUUGUUUGCUGCUCAUGAUUUUCUUUACAGAAAUUCUAAUAUAAAAACUGAGAGCUGACGAUUGUGUUGUUGAAUGUGGCUGUUGGAUGUGGUAAUAAAAAGAAUGGAGCAAUUUCAUGCGUAACAGUGUACAAACUAUUAAAUUUGUUUAAUGUAUGACAUUCCCAUUGAAGGGGGUUGUUUGGUUA